GGCCGUCGGCAGCGCAGGACCAUGGCCGCCCCCCCGCCCCCCCCACGGCUCCCCCGGGGCCUCGUGGCCGCCGUCACCAUCACCAUCCUCAGCCUCGGCCUCGGCGGAGCCUCCGCGGCGCUGCGACGCACACGGGAGGUGGGGAGACGCGUCGCCGUGUGGCCGCGUGUCCGUUUGUCCGUGUGUCCGUGUGACUGCGUGUCCAUUUGUCUACGUGUCUGUGUGUCCAUCUGUCCAUGUGUCUGUGUGUCUGUGUGUCCAUGCGUCUGUCUGUGUCCGUGUGUCUGCGUAUGUGUCUGUUUGCAUGUCUGUGUGUCCGUAUGUCCGUGUCCCUCCAUGUCUCUCUUUUCCCGUGUCUGUGUGUCCGUGCGUGUCCCUGUUAUCGCGUCCGUCUGUCCGGGUGUCCCUGCGUCCACACAUCUGCUUAUCCCCAUGUCCGUGUGUCCCCGUGUCACUCCGUCCUCAUGUCUGUGUGUCCCUGUGUCAGUCCGUCUGUCUGUCCACAUGUCCCCGAGUCCCUUCCUGUGUCUCUGCGUCUCCCGUCUGUCUGUCUGUCCCUGUCCCUGUGUCCAUCCAUCCAGGCAGUCGCUGGCCCUGUGUCUGUCUGUCCGUCUGUCCGUCCGUCCCCCCCUCACCUGAUCCCUGUCUCCCCCCACAGGACCCCACGGAGUCGCCGAUGCCGGUGGCACUCGGCGGCCCCCCGGGUCCGGAGCUGCUGCAGGCGCCGCGUGGGGACAAACCGGCCGCUCACGUCGUGGCCUCGUCGUCGUCAUCGCCGGGCUCGCUCGUGUGGGACGACCGCGUGGCGCCGUCGGUGGUGCGGAACGGAGUGCGGCUGCGUGGGAACCGUCUGGUGGUGCCGCGCGACGGCCUCUACUUCGUCUACGCCGCCGCCGCCUUCCAUGGCGGGCGCUGCCCCCCCCGCGCCCCCCCCACACCCCCCCUUCGCCUCUCGGUCUCCCGCUUCUCACAGGAAUACCCCCGUGACGUCCCCCUGCUCAGCGCCGUCCGCUCCGUCUGCCCCGGAGCGCGGCCACGGCGGCGGCGCCGCCGCGAUGAGGAGGAGGAGGACGAAGGGCGGCAGCUCUGGUUCGAGUCCCUCUACCAAGGCGCCGUCUUCCAGCUGCGCCGCGGCGACCAGCUGGCGGCCACCACCACGUCCGGGCGCUUCCUCGACCUCCACGGCGGCGGGCAGGCCUAUUUCGGGGUGGUGGGGGUGGAUUGA